CGUGCUUCCGCCGUGCCCCGGGGGCGGCGGGGGGCGGUGAUGGCGGCGGCGGCGGAGACGGCGGAGUGGCCGCUGAUGCGGCGCUACGAGGGGGCAGCGCAGGGCCGCGGCGUGGCGGCGGACGGCUGGCGCGUCUGCCUGGCGCACAGCUUCGAGGAGCUGCGGCAGCCCUACGGCGCCGGGGACGUGCCGCUCCGCGAUGUCCUGCGGCACGUCGGCCUCGCCUUGCGAUAUUUCAGGUGGUGGGUCAAGAAGACCCGCAUAGAGAAGAAAACUGCCUUCAUUGACCUCUUGUGUGCUGUUCCUCUGAAGCAGAUCUAUGGAUGCCCGCUGGGCGGGAUCGGGGGAGGCACCAUCACCCGCGGCUGGCGGGGAGAGUUCUGCCGCUGGCAGCUGAACCCUGGCCUCUACCACUAUGAAACAGUCAUCGCCAAUCAGUUCACAGUGUGCCUGCGGUGCAAGGGGCAGACCAUUUACCAGCAGGUCUUGUCCCUGGAGAGACCCAGCAGCCUGCAGAGCUGGAACUGGGGCUACUGCGGCCGCUACGGCUUUUACCACGCCCUGUACCCCCGUGCCUGGCUGGUCUACGAGCUGCCGGGGCAGCAGGUGGUGCUCACCUGCCGGCAGGUCUCGCCCGUCAUCCCCCACGACUAUAAGGACUCCAGCUUGCCGGUGGCAGUGUUCGUCUGGGAGGUGGAGAACGGCAGGGAUGAGGCCGUGGAAGUGUCCAUCAUGUUCAGCCUGCAGAACGGCGCGGGAGCGAAGGAGGCCGGCAGCGGCGGGCACUGGAACGAGCCCUUCGCCCUGCACAAGGACGGCCAGCGGGUUGCUGGGGUGCUGCUGCACCACUGCCCGGCCCUCAACCCCUUCACCCUGGCCAUCUCUGCCCGGCAGAAGGCUGGCACGGGAGUCACCCAUGUUACGGCAUUCGAUCCCACGGGAUUGGGGAGAGAGGUGUGGCAGGACCUCCUGCAGGAUGGCAGGCUGGAUUCACCCACUGGUAAGAGCAGGCCGACAGAGAAGGGGGAGGUGACAGCAGCAGCAGUGUGUGCCAGCUGUACGGUGCCUGCCCAUGGGCACAAGACGCUGGAGUUAGCCCUGGCUUGGGACAUGCCCUGUGUGCACUUUGGCUCCAAGGAGAAGCUGCACCUUAGGCGGUACACCCGGUUUUUUGGCAGCAAAGGCGAUGCUGCUCCUGCCCUGUCCCAUUAUGCCCUGACACACUACGAAGAGUGGGAGAGGAAGAUAGAAGCUUGGCAGAAUCCCAUCCUGGAGAACAGCCAGCUGCCUUCCUGGUACAAGUCAGCCCUCUUCAAUGAGCUCUACUUCAUGUCGGAUGGAGGGACCAUCUGGAUGGAGGUGCCCCCUGAUUGCUGUGCCCAGGACCUGCAGGGGCCGGCGGGGGCAGGGCUCUCCCACCUCCUCCCUGUCCUGCGGGAGUACGGAAGGUUUGCUUAUUUGGAAGGCCAGGAGUACCGGAUGUACAACACCUACGACGUCCAUUUCUACGCCUCCUUCGCUCUCAUCAUGCUGUGGCCCAAGCUGCAGAUCAGCCUGCAGUAUGACAUUGCUGUCACUGUGGUGAACGAGGAUGUCCAGCCCCGGCAGUACCUGAUGUGUGGUCAAACAGCCCAGGUGAAGAUGAAGAAUGUGGUGCCACAUGACAUUGGGGACCCAGGUGACGAGCCAUGGCAGCGUGUCAAUGCCUACCUGAUGCACGACACUGCUGACUGGAAGGACCUCAACCUGAAGUUUGUGCUGCAGGUGUACCGUGACUACUACCUGACCCACGACUCCCUGUACCUGCGGGACAUGUGGCCAGUGUGCCAGGCUGUGAUGGAGUCGGAGCUGAAGUUUGACACGGAUAACGAUGGGCUCAUUGAAAACGGAGGCUUUGCUGACCAGACGUACGACGCGUGGGUGGUGCACGGAGCCAGUGCCUACUGCGGCGGACUGUGGCUGGCUGCUGUCUGCAUGAUGUGCAAGAUGGCAGAGGUGCUUGGGGAUACUGAGAUCCAGCAGAAAUACCUGGACAUCCUGAACAAGGGCAAGGAGGCGUUUGAGAGGAUGCUCUGGAAUGGAAAAUACUACAAUUAUGAUAGCAGUGGAAGUGACACGUCCAGCAGCAUCAUGUCAGAUCAAUGUGCUGGGCAGUGGUUUCUUGGAGCUUGUGGUCUGGACCAAGGGGAGUUUGAGGUUUUCCCCAAGAGCCACAUUCUCAGCGCGCUCAAGACCAUCUUCGAGAAGAACGUGCUGGGCUUCGCGGGCGGCGCCAUGGGGGCCGUGAACGGCAUGAGGCCCGACGGCGUGCCCGACACCUCCAGCGUGCAGUCCAACGAGGUCUGGGUCGGCGUGGUCUAUUCCCUGGCGGCCACCAUGAUCCAGGAGGGCAUGGUGGAGGAAGGCUUCCGUACGGCGGAGGGCUGCUACCGCACGGUGUGGGAGCGGCUGGGCAUGGCUUUCCAGACUCCGGAGGCCUAUCGGGAGAAGAAGGUGUACCGCUCACUGGCCUACAUGCGGCCCCUCAGCAUCUGGAGCAUGCAGCUGGCCCUGGAGCGCCGCGCUGGCCGGGCACCGGCACCCGCACAGCUCCCCCAGGGCAGCACCCACCCUUGAGCCUCGUGGCUCUGGGCAGGGCACCGGGUGCACCACGGGCUGGGGGGGCAGAUGGCAGGCAGGGACCCUCCCCUCCCUCGCUGUGCUAGUACUCACAUUGCUGUUUUCCUUCCCUACCUCCACUACGUGCCCUUGACCUCAGGGGGCUUCCAGCUGCUGAUGCUGAGCACAAGGGCGGGACCGGAGGUGUGGGGGAUGUCUCCUCAGAGCAUGGUGGCUUAAGGAGUUGCUGCUGGAGCCUGUGCCUCCCCUUCGCCAUCACUCUGGGCUGUGACAGCCUGCAGGCUGCCCAGCCAUCCCAAACUGCAGCUGGCACCUUGCCCAGGGGCACAGGAGACCUCUCUCCUGCAGUCACUGGGCUGGGGGAGGUGGGCAGCUGUCCUGCAGGGAAAGAAGAGGCUGUGGGGGAAUGUGUGUGUGAGGAUACUGGAGCGGUGCUCUGGGGCACACGGGUGCUGUAGUUGUCCUGGGCUGGCACUGCCCAUAGGGACUGGCUGUGCCCCAGGAGGGCCUGUGGCAGGCACAAUCCCCAGGGGAGACCCGGCUCCCUGCACAGUGACAAUCUGAGCCCAAGAAGCAGGUCCUGGUCUGGUACCAUGGCCCCUCCCUGCUGGCGCCGGGGGCAGGCAGUGGAGCACAUUCAAGGGGAUAAAUCACUUCAAUUCUUAAUAAAUCUGUCCAGCUGUC